AUGGCACCCAGCAUGGUUGGCAAGCGCAAGAGAGACACUUCCGUCGUGUCGCGGUCCAAGAAAACAGUCAAGGCCAGUCCUUCGCCACCUCCCGCGGACGAUGCGCAAGACGUUUUUCGCAAAUACUUCGAGGCACAGUUUGCGCCUCUGGAUUUGCCUGAUAAGCCCUCUACUGGCGAUUCUAAAGUGGAGGAGGACUCGGAGGAAGACGAUGAUAGUGAGGGAUCGGAGAUUGACGAGCAGUGGGACGGAGUCUCGGAAGACGAAAGCGACGAGGAUAUUGUGGAAGUGGUAGAACACACGGACACCCGAGCUACAGACGACAGAAUGGACAAGCAAGCAUACAAGGCAUUCAUGAGCACUUGUGUUAACAUGCACAUCUCACAGAGCGCGAAACCACCAUCUUCAGAAACCAAGACAACAAAAUCAAACACAAAGUCAGAUCAGAAGGACGAGUCUGAUGACGAAAAAGACACCGUUAACCUGAAACACGAUCUUGCAUUGCAGCGACUACUUCGAGAAUCCCACCUACUCGAGUCAUCCUCGGACCUGGCACCCACCGGCAAAAACCGCCUCAAGGCCCUGGACCUUCGCAUGCAAUCUCUGGGCGCCAAGGACUCUCUCUACAAACAAAAGAUGCCCGAUGCCCACCGACGAGGAAUCAACGCCAAGGCAGCAUCCAAGGACGAGAAGCGACGACGAGAGGCGAAAGAGAACGGCAUUAUUCUCGAGAAACCUACAAAGGUCACCAAAUCAUCCAACAACGGCCGACGAGAUCGUGGCAUUGGCGGAUCAUCCAUUGGUAAAUUCUCCGGUGGCACGUUAAACCUGAGCAAAGACGACUUGCACAAGAUGCAAAGCUCCAAGGGGCGAUCAUCUCGAGGAGGACGAGGAGGUCGAGGAGGCCGUGGAGGCCGUGGAGGCCGUGGAGGCAGAGGAAGAGGCGGCAGAGGCCAUUAA